GCAGCCUUUUGCGCGGCCAAUCCGUGGCAAAGGGCUCCGGCAGUGCUCCACGCCUAGACCUAGCGACGCAGAAACGGCCGCCUCGGCGCGCCAGCAGCUUUACAUCUAGCCUAGCAACCCUGCAGCAGCUCGAUCAGGCGCCAGCUUCCACUGUUGCAGCCAUUGUUGUGUGCGCAACUUGAUUCAGACCAUGAUGUUGCGGAGGGCGCCCCUGACUGGCCAGCGUUGCGGCAGUCUGGCGUCCCAACGACCCCUGCGCCGCGGGGAGACUCUGCCAAGGGCCAGCCGGGCCUCCAGGUGGAGGGGGCUGUUGGAGGCCGACGACGCCGCCCUGGCUGUCGGCGACGACAGCACCAGCCCCGCAGACCUGGCCGUUGAGGCCGCCCGUCAGGUGGCUGAGAAGGCCUUCAGCCAGCCCACCUACAUGUACGUGGCUGUGGAUGACGACGAGGAGGAGGAGGUCGUGGACCGGCUGUGGCGCAAGCUGGAUGCGGUGAAUCGCGAGCUGGCCUGGGUGACAGAAGCGGAAUACCUGAGCGGCCUGCCCACCUCCCCGCCGACCUCGCCCCGCCUGCACCAGCCGCUGGCCGUCAACAACGUGGUGCUGCACCCGCACAACCUGCCCACACUGGCGCCGCCGCCGCCGCCCGUGGCGCCGCCGCCGCCGCCCGCCCCCGAGCCGGAGCGGCAGCGGCAGCCGGAGCGGCAGCCGGAGCGGGUGGUGCUGCCCGACACGCCGCGCUUUGAAGGCCUGCCCGGGGGCGGCAAGGCGGAGGGCACCGGCAAGGAGGUGCUGCUGCAGGGGUUCAACUGGGAAAGCUGGCGCAACAACUGGUUUGAGCACAUCUCGGGUCAGGCGCAGGAGAUUGCCGACAUGGGGUUCACAUCCGUCUGGCUGCCGCCCUUCACCGACUCUGUGUCUGAGCAGGGCUACAUGCCUCGCGACCUGUACAACCUCAACUCCCGCUACGGAUCGGAGCAGCAGCUGAUCAACUGCGUGCGCUCCCUGCAGCAGCACGGCAUCAAGGUGCUGGGAGACGCGGUGCUGAACCACCGCUGCGCGCAGCACCAGGGCGCCGGCGGCGUGUGGAACCAGUUUGGCGGCAAGAUGACGUGGGACGAGCGCGCCAUCGUCGGCGACCAGGCGGAGUAUGGCGGGCGCGGCAACCUGUCCAGCGGCGAGUUCUUCUCCGCUGCCCCCAACAUCGACCACUCCCAGCCCUUUGUCAAGCGGGACCUGUGCGAGUGGAUGUGCUGGCUGCGGGAGCACGUGGGAUUCUACGGCUUUUCCCCCCCGAUUAUUUUUCACCGCCCGCCACCCGGACGCUGCACAGCGCGGCGCCCAGGCGGCGGCGGCCCCUGCACAGAGCCCUGCUGCUGCUGGCUGGCUGGGAGCGCGUCCCGUAGAUGA